AUGACAUGGACAGAAUCGUCUGUCCCCAAAACAUCUCUAUCGUCCGUACUCAACUCACGUCUAGAUCACAUAUCCUUCCCCCGUUUUUUCAUCGUUCUCCAUUUUCUACUUCUGGGGCCUCGUUUUUUUAAACUUGUGGGAAGAGAUGUCAUCGGCGCCGUCUCCGAGUGCUACUCCGUCACCUCCUCUCCCGCCUACCGUCAUUCCUCCCGUACCUCCCCUGACGCCUCCUCCUCCGCCGCCUACCGCCACUCCUCCUACAACUCCCGUGAUACCUCCUCCGCCGCCUACCGCCGAUCCUCCCACAAUUCCCCUAACGCCUCCUCCGCCACCGCCUACCGCCAUUCCUCCUACAGCUCCUCAGCAGCAGUGGUGGCUACGACUCAAACUACUCGAUCGGAUAAUGCAGUUCAUCCUCCACCAUCUCCAGGGCUUGCACUAGGCACCUAUCAAGGCACUUUCACUUACGAGGAGCUAGCUAGAGCCACCAAUGGAUUCUCUGAGGCCAACUGGUUGGGUCAAGGAGGGUUCGGAUAUGUCUACAGAGGUAUAUUGCGUAAUGGAAAAGAAAUUGCUGUGAAACAGUUGAAAGCUGGGAGUGCUCAGGGGGAGAGAGAGUUUCAGGCAGAGGUAGGGAUCAUUAGCCGAGUUCACCACAGGCAUUUGGUUGCUCUUGUCGGUUAUUGCAUCGCUGAUGCUCAAAGAUUGCUUGUCUAUGAGUUUGCUCCGAACAACACUCUCGAGUUUCACCUCCAUGGGAAGGGACGGCCUCCACUGGCAUGGAGCUCAAGAUUGAAGAUUGCUGUUGGUUCUGCCAAAGGAUUGUCGUAUCUUCAUGAAAAUUGUAAUCCUAAAAUCAUCCACCGUGAUAUCAAGGCGGCAAACAUAUUGCUUGAUUUCAAGUUUGAAGCAAAGGUAUAAAUGUAUGAUUUAUCU